AUGAAUACUAAUAUUUCAUCAACAAACAACAAUAUUGACACCAAUAAUAUUCAUCUUAUAGAUGAUAAUUAUGUGGGUGGUGAUGAUGAGGAGGAGAGUGGAUGGACAGCUUAUUUAGAGGACUUUUCAAGCUCCAAAUCCAAUGUUAAUGGAAGCUUUAUCAUGAGCAGCAGCCCUUCUAUGGUUUCUGAUGCAGCCUGGCAUGGUUAUUCAGAAAAUAUGAGCCAAUUUGUGCUGCUCAAUCAAAGACUAAACUUCAACAACAUGAAGAGGAGCAAGUGCAACAACAAUAUUAAUCAACCUAGUAAAUAUUAUUCGAGCAGCGUCGAUGACUUGGAAGAUACCGCUAGUUCUCCGGUUAACAGCCCCAAGGUAAGCUCUUUGAAGCAGAUGGAGAUGAUCAACCGCCAACGAGUCGACAAUGUAGUUGCCGGCGAUUUCCUGGAAAAGCAAGCCGGCUCGAGUAUUGAUUCUGAAGAUGAAAACAACGUUGUCGACAGCGAAAAUACCGAUCAUCAUCAGUAUGUCGAGCUUAGGCAAAAGGGACUUUGUCUAGUGCCUAUAUCAGCAUUCAUCGAUUACUUUCGUUGA